CUCUCUCGCUCGAUUUAACCUAUAGCUGCCCUGGUCGCUUUGAUAUCGUAUCCACGAGAACAGGUCCUGGGUGUUCUUUCGCCGCCAUCCAGGCUCUCCCUGUCUUUUUUUCCUGCAUAGAGGUUCCGCCACAUCUUUCUCUUGCGACGAUCGAAAUCUAUGGCUGGCGCGUCCACUCAUCAUGCGUCCAUGCUGCAUAAAAGCCUGGUCUUGGUCGAACUCAUAGGCACAUCGAGGACCUUGGCUGCUUCAGAAGUUGGGACUCUAGCGAAAAAUCUUGAUCCGCCAAUAGCUCCGCUUCCCCGGCAUCGGCUGCGGGUCGAUGUCUCGUGCAAAUGUCAAUAUUGCCUCUCUACCUGCACUCCAGCUGCUGGGGCUUCUUCUACCGUGAAAACACCUACUGCGCAGGUCCCCGCUCUACUUGCAAAAUCUCGGCCUCGCUACUCAUCGGUACAUGCGGACCCUUCUCGUGAGACGAUGAUACGCAGGCAUCGAACAUCCCUCGCCUAUGCCGUCGCCCCACCAGAAGAUGAAUGGGUUCCAGUCUCUCCGCGAGAGACUCCAAACAGGAGCGGCACAGGCAGGCGCAUCGAGGAGCAGGAUCGCAAGGCACGCGUUCCCCGAGCGGCGUCUUUACCAUUCGGCGUGGAACUGCCGCAAGAUCUCUAUUCCGAUGAAGUCUAUGGGGAGGGAGGUCUGGUCGAGCAAGCCAACUGGUUUUUGGACAAACCCCUUGUUCCGGAUGCCGUCAUUCCAAGCACCUCUAGCUGGGACGGUAGCCUCAAGAAUAGACACCAAGCGAGCUCGGCUGUCUUUUCCCGUCAGUCUAUCGCGAAUUAUGACGCUGUAGAACCCGUCUUGCCGAAGCUCGAGGCAAGAAGAGUCCCGCACGCCAAGUCCUCGAUGACUCGCGAAAUCGAUUACGCCGAGCAAAAGCGGCUUAUGGACAUGUUGGCGAUCCCGCCCACAGUGGUAUCUCCUAUGCAAGCUCAUCUACGCGACUUGUUCUACGCUUCUCGCCUUCCUGGGGACUCCGGGCGUGCGUUCCGGGACCUCUACGAGGUGAUAGAAGCUGCGGAACCCAGCAUGGCAGUCUGGCAGCAUCUCGCGACUCAUCUCAGGUUCUCCUUUACCCGCUGGCAAAGACGCCCACGCCCGAAGAACAGAUUGACAGUCGAUCCGCAAAUAUGCCACAUAUUGGUCUACUUGAAGCUCGACAGGCUGGACAAGGCAAUCAAUCUUGCCUCGGAGUUGCUUCGCAACAAAUCUCACAAGAAGGAUACAGCCGAGGUCAUACCUUUUUCCGCGACACUCGCUCGGCACUGCGUGGAAGCUGGGCAAAGUGAAUACGUAACGAGACUGGUCGCUGCCAGAUAUGAUGGCUUUGCGCCUUGCUUUUCUUCCAACCAAUUGAGGGAAUCAAAAGCGGUAGGGUUGGCAUAUCGCUCGUUACGGGAAUCAAUGAGUAUUGCGUUUACAUCGAUCAAAGGAGUUGACGACUGGGUCAGAGGGCAGCACGAAAAGGACAUGAGAGAACUAGGCGCCGGUCCUCUUUUCGACCAUAGAAUGCUGCGACUCUCCGUCGCUGCUAUAUUGGCGUGUCUGUCCGUCUCCUCGGUCAACAUGGCCUACCAAUUCUACCGUGCUUUUGUCGAUUGCCAGAUCGAGGUUCCCCUCGAAGCGAGCUCGCGAUUGUGGGAGGCUCUGGCUCAACAAGGGUCGGUCGCUCAAGCAUGGGAAAUAUUCGACAUCUCAGGAGGAUCCAAAAUCCUGAACAACCAGCACGCCCUGCCAAAUCGAAAAGUGCUCAGCCGGAUACUAGACCUCGCGCAGGUGCGAGGCGAUGUCACGCUCGCUCAAGCGACCUUCGGACUGAUCGCCAGCGGCACCGCCACUCCGUCGACGAGGGAUGUCACGGCCAUCCUUCGAGCCCAGGCGAACGCAGGCAGGACAAAAGAUGUCGACCAUACUUUGCGGCGUCACUUUGGCGCUACCGUAUCUCGGCUGGCCGCACAGAGAAAGUCGGACAGGAAUGCCGGUUCCAGCUCGCUUUCGCAGCGGCGUCAAGAGCUUAAUGCCCUGGAGACCUUGGUCCGUGCGCAUGCCGCUGCCGGCCAUGUGACCGAGGCUGAGCUUUGGUGGGAGCGGCUGCGUGCAAAGUGCGACUCGCCCUUGUGUGAGGACUACAACGUAAUGCUGCACCUUCAUUCCCGUCGAGGUGACCUCUGGAAGUGCCAGCAAUUGCUUGAAGAUAUGGCUCGUUGCAAGGUGAAGCCCAACGCGAUCACCUACACAACCAUGAUGGGAGCAUAUACUUCGAAAAAGGACUAUCGUUCUGCUGCUGCAAUGCUCAAUCGAAUGCGAGAUGAAGACGUGGUGAUGGACACUAUCGCUAUCGGCAGUGUGCUCAAUGUCGCUAUCGAAGCUGGGAAAUGGACAGGGGUCAAGGAGAUAUACGAAACCCUUGAGCCGGAUACGCAAUCAGAUCCAGCGAUUGCCGGUACCAUGUUGAAAGCUAUGCUACUUCUAGGCGCACCUUUCGACUCGGUGAAACAGCUCUUCCAGGAGACGUUCCCAGAUGCCAAGUAUGCCUCUAGCCGAGCUUGGUCGAUUCUGAUCCAGUCGGCUUGCGAUGCUGGCCAGGUGGCAAAAGCUCAGCUUGUGUUAAACGAUAUGCUCACAAAGGCCGAGGAUAACAGCCGGCCCAACCCAUACGCAUUCACAAUACUGGUAGCGGCUCAUCUCCGAAACGGAGAUUUGGAGAGUGCAAGGCAUAUCUUCAGUCGAAUGGACGAUCUGAGGAUACCCUUGACUUCGGUUGGCUAUUCUCUCAUGCUGAGAAUGCUGCUGAAAGACGGAUCUAUCAACAAGGACUCAAUCCAUCGCUUUGCGGAAGAUUUGCUGGUGUCCCGGCCUUGGCGCCAUGUCGAUAAUCACGGUCGUGGUCGGGAUACUGAAAAUAUCCUUACGCCGGUCAUCCUCGAAGCGUCCGCGGCGGGCAACACGCAUCGAGUAGAGGAAUACACCCGCAAAUUGGCACAUCGAGGGGAGCUGCCAUCCUUGACGAUGUCUACCAUACUCAUGGAUACGUAUCGCAAAGCCGGUCAGAUAGAAAAGAUGCAAAUGGUCUGGAACCAUAUUCAUCAACUUGCGCGUCAGGCUCGUCAGUCGGAGGAUUCUUCCAGUCCGAGCAAUCUUCUGUGCAUACCCCUCUCAAUCUACCUCGACGGCCUGACUACUGCAUGUCGUCACCAAGAAGUGUUCGACGUGUGGCAGUCUCUUGCUGCCGAAGGAUUUGGCUUUGAUGCCCAAAAUUGGAACCACCUUGCCGUAGCUUUCGUGAGGUCGGGACGGCCCGAGGAGGCCUUCGAAGUCGUUGAGAACGUACUCUUGACGCGAGCUGAAGAAGUGGCCAAGAGGCGAUCUCCCGCCUACAGAGAUCCGGCGCUGCCCAUAGGAGACGCUACUAAGUCUUUGUCGCGACAAUCAGUAUCGAGCCUUCCCCUGCCGGGCGAGUUUGAGGAUGAAGCGGUCAUGAGGCCGCCAAAUCGGCGGCACCAAUAUCGAUCGCACACGGAAGAUAAGGAGGAACAGACCCCGAUCAAGGAGACGGUCUCAAAUAUCGUUACGAAAUGGAGGCCAAGCGAUCUAUCGUGGCAAGCAUCAUUCUUGACGGUUGCUGUGCUGGAACGGGCAUAUGCCAAGCUGGAGAAUAACAUUCCGGUCAUGGCUUUGCUUUCUGGAGAAGAGGAAGAGAUCGAACCGCAGAGGCAAUCAGAUGCGGACGGAACGAUGCAGAAAGCGACCCCGCUAGUGCUGCUUGCUCGAUUGAAUCAUCGUUAUGCUCGAACGGUCUCAUUAAUCAUGCUCCACCGUCGCAAGCGGCGAUCGCAAGCACGAAGAAAGGUUGAGAAAGCCAAGGCCGCUGGCUCAGGGUCAACAGCUUGAUCGCCAAAGUCAGAUUGCAGUUAUGCGAUUUAGCUAGGCGUGAUGCUUGUGUAAUGAAUGCCGAGACGGCUUCAAUGUAGCAGCUACUUUGAUGCAGUUUCGUUUGGAAUAGUACAAGCUUGAAAUGUCCCUCAGAUAUUCUCGG